AUGAAAUCUCAGUUGAUAAAUGUGCCCUCACCCUCCGCUGCCGCUAGCGAAAAUGCGAGUCAGCUGGAGGAAUUCAAGCGUUUUCUGGUUGAUCGAAAAGCUCCCGAGGCGCUGCAACGGAAAGUCAUCUCCUGGUUCGAUUACCUCUGGCGACAGAGCCGGAUACCGGACGAACAGAAGGUCUUCAGCCACCUGCCCGACAGUCUGAAGGCUGAAAUCGCGAUUCAUGUCCACCUGGAUACUCUCAAACGUGUGGAUAUAUUUCAAGAUGCUGAGGAAGGCUUCCUAUCGGAGCUUGUCUUACGUCUACGGCCUGCUCUCUACUCGCCAGGCGACUAUAUUUGCAGGAAAGGUCAAAUUGGUCGCCAGAUGUUCUUCGUUACCCAGGGCAAACUCGAAGUCCUGGCAGCUGACGAGGUCAAUGUUAUUGCAACCCUCAGCGCGGGCAGUUACUUUGGCGAGAUUUCCAUCCUGAACUUUGGCAACAUCGGUAAUCGGCGCACGGCUUCUGUGCGGUCAAUCGGCUACGCAGACCUCUUUUGCCUUUCCAAGGAGGACCUCUGGGACGUGCUGCGAGAGUUUCCGGCGGCUAAGGAGAAACUGGAACAGGAAGAUGCGGAGCGCCGCGUUGGCAGGUAUGUGAUUUAUCAAUGCCCGGUUACCAUUAGAUUGACUGAAAAUCGGAAAGGUUAG